CGGUGCGGGGCCCGCGUCAGUAUCGAACGAGAUUCUUAGCGCUUUGGUACGGUUUUUAACGGAGUCGGUGAAUCUCCCGGCGGUGACACCACCCGGGAAAGCUGUGAACGUGUCGACUGACGGCUGGGAAGCCCGGUCGCAAAGGAUUUUCCUGUGUGCCUGUGUGGAUAUUUGCUUUUGGGGCGAAAGUUUUCUCCGGUGGAAAUCUUGCGGGAUUAGUUUGGAGGUCGCCCGGUGCUGGGGAUCUUAGGUGCGGAGUUUCGUGGAAUCCUUGAGGGAACUUUUCCGAGGAGUGCCGGGAAAUGUCUUUUCCCGGGGGGGAUAACAGCAAACUCGUGGAAAUCGUGUGAUGUAGAGUUAUGUAAACAAGUGAAUAUGACGGCGUUGGGAGGCGUUCGGAAAAGUGUCCGUUGAAGGGAGGGAGAUUCCAUCAACUUUAUCGGGAUAGUUUGGCUGAAACUUGGUCCAAUCAAUCGUGGGAAAGUUUUGAGGAGCAGCGGGGUGAGGAAGGCCCCCUCCUACAAAAAAAGGUCAAUUGGAUUGAAUUGGCCCCGAACCAACCGGGUUUGCCAGCCCGAGUGUGCUCUGAUAAGGGUGAAUCUCGCUGGGAAAAUUUAAAAACAACAAACGGCUGGGAAAAAGUUUUCCCUGACGCGUACUCGUGUGUCCUCGUGAAAACGACGUGAUCGUGAAAAAAAGGGACAAUCAACGAACCAAAGCAAACAAAAUUGGAAAAAAACCGUGCCAUAAAGUACGGUAGUUUGUACGAGUGUGUGUGGUUUUGGGGUUUGAAACCGUGGGAGCAAGUGAUUUGCCCGACUCAAUUUUCCCACACCCCCACUCUCAAGUGGAGUUGGCGCGCGCUUAUUGGUGAAGUGAAAAUUUCGUUACAAGUUACAAAUCUUGUUGGCUCGACAGCAGCCGGAAUCGAAUAACCGAGGUUGAGUCUUGUGAGCGGUGAAGACCCCUAAAGUGAUACCGACUGUGGGAAAAUUAGAAAAGUCUAAAAUGAUGAAGGAAAACAAAGAAUGUUUUUUUGCUGUAAUUUCUUGAUUGGGUUGGCACGCGGCGCUCUAAAAAUAUAAUAUUUCCCGUUCGAGACUGGGAAAAUCCGGAAAAAGUUUCCACUGGAAGAGGCUUUCCCAGAAGAAAUUUGAGAAGAAAAAGAGUUGAGUGAAAAAACGGAUCAAAAUAAGGCUCCGGUGAGGAAAAAGGAUUUCGCACAGACUUGUUGGAGCUCCCGGCAAAAACGAAGAAGACGUCACUGGGGAGAAAUCAAGUCGAAGGAUAUUUUCUUCUCGCAGAAAACACACAUACGAGCUGGUCCACGUGUGUGUGUGUGCGCGCGCCAUUUCUUUGAGUAAAAGCCGCCCCCUCGAUUCACAUAGGAUUGGUCCCCAGCGUGGAAUGUCUUCGACGACGGAAAUGUCGGCAGGUUCUGCGGCCGGAAUGUGAUUUUGAGCUACAGCAGUUUGGACGGUCUACCUUCAGGGAAGAAUCGACGAAGAAAAAUCCCACCCAUUAAGGCACGUGGGGACACACGUGAAAGGCCCCCUGGUCCCCGUGGCUUUCCGGAACUCAACGGCGAUGGCAGCCGACGAUAAGCCCUCGAAAUAGCUGCUGCGCCCUGGUGUAGAUUUAAAAAGAGACAAUGACGAUGCCGGUGGUGACCGCGGCCAGUGCUCGUUAGGGACCACUUUUCGGUUCAGUUAACCGGCGGUGCGAUAUCGACUUCUGGCUUCCGGAAUCGACGGCCAGCUUUACGAAGAGGCCCCCCUCACGUGGGCGGCACAUCAAACGGGCCAACCUUUGAACUUUGAAACGAACCAUCUGGGGGAAGAGGGGCCAGGAAUCGACAUCAUCAAACAUCCUGCGGGACGCCGACGACGACGAACCCGUUGUCCGUCCGUUUCGAAACUAGCAGGAUGAUUCUUUGGGGCAGUGGCCGGCGGAGAAGACGCAGGCGGUUGGAGGUGCCCCCGGGUGGUGGAGGUGCCUUUAGUGGACCUUUGGUGCAGCUGACGAAAUGGUGCACCACGUUGUUCAUCAUCCUGGAAUCGACGGCCGUUGGAAGUGAUCUGUCACCAUCAACGACACAAUCACCGACAAAUGUCAGCAGCAGCAUCAGCAUAGCCAGCAGUUCCUCCACCCUCACCCUCACCAGCAGUAGUGGCCCCUUAAGCACACAUCCCACCGAUGACCACAGCAGCAGCCCUCCACCGCCUCCGCGGUUUGAGGCUCUGGUGCAACCGCUGCCACGUGGCCACCUUGGCGAUGGCAGUCGACCAACCGCGGCCACCGACGAUGGCGAUGAGGACCCCCUGCUCUUGCUGGGGGGAUUCCGAUUCCCGGCCCAGCUGCACCCACCGGCGGCCAGCAGUGAUUCCAGCAGCAGUGUACGAACUAGCCCCCAGGGGGAGGAGGAAGAUGGCCAUAGUGGGCCCCUCCCCCUGCCAGUGUCCGCCGCCCAAGGCGCCAAAUCCAAUCUAGUUAAUUUAGGUUUAAGCAGUAGUAGUGGUGUUAGUGGUAUUAGUAAAAUUAAAAGUGCUAGCUCAGUAAGUAGUGGUGGUGAUAAGAAGAAGGUGACGGAAGGUGAGUCCGGAGGGGCGGUGAACAGGCUCGAUGGGGAAUUUCGGGGGCCGGAGAUCGAAGGGAACUUCAGCAAGAUGUACUUCGAGACGGAGAAUCUGACUACGGUGUCGUCCCAGGUGGGGUCCAUCGCGGUGCUGCCCUGCGUGGUGCGGAACAUUGGCGAGGGAGUGGUUUCUUGGAUCCGGCGGAAAGACUACCAUCUGCUGACGAUCGGAGUCACGACCUACAGCAGCGACGAGCGGUUCAACAUCAUCCGGAGCGAGGAUUCCGAGGAGUGGCCACUCCAGAUCAAAUACGUCCAGCUCCGGGACGCCGGCCUGUACGAGUGCCAGGUCUCGACGCACCCACCGACGUCGAUAUUUGUCCAGCUGGACGUUGUCGAAGCGAAAGCGGAGAUUUUCGGCCCCUCGGAGAAGUAUCUGAAGCCGGGUUCGACGCUGCGGCUUACGUGCCGGGUUGUCAAGAGCAACGAACCGCCGCUGUACAUCUUCUGGUACCACAACAACCGGAUGAUCAACUACGAUGUCCACCGGGGCGUAAACGUGUCCACCGAGGCCGAUAACCGCUACUCGGAGCUGGUGAUAACGCACACCAACACGCUCAACUCGGGCAACUACUCGUGUGUGUCGAACAACGCAGUCGCGGCGUCCACGCUGGUGCACAUCCUGAACGGUGAAAACCCGGCAGCGAUGCAGCACGGCGACCACGGUAACGGCGUCCUGGUGGCGGUCCAGUACCGGCUGCUGCUCGGGACGAUUGUAACAUAUCAGGUCAUCAAUCGGUUGCUUUGUGCACGUCAUUAAUGGCAGUUGUGUAUAAAGGUACGAAAAAGUUAUUGAAUUCAGCUAGACAAAAUUGCACAGAAUGCGAGGAAAAGUAAGAUUAUGGUAGACUGAGAGGGUGGAAAAAUGAUGAAAAUUGUGGGAAGAAAAAAACAUUGAAAGGUGCUGUAUUUCUAGCAAUCUGGUCAAGAGAACUGAUGAUUGGAUACUGAGUAAGUAUGUUGCAGGAUACAUUUGAAGGAUUAGAAUUUGUUUGGGAUUAAGAAUUCGAAACUAAAAUUAUAACAGUUUCUUUGAAAUAAUUUGAAAUUCAAAAUUUUGUUUUAAUUUGGUGAAGAAACGUAUUUUGAACUUUUUUUUCUCAUGAAAGUUUUGUAUGAAAAUAAUUUUAUUUUUUCAGUUGUUAGUAAUGAAUCGAAUCGUGAUGUAAAUAUAGGGUUAAGUAUGAAUUAGACUAGAAAACCAAAAUCAUGUAGUAUAACCGAUCUAGAAUGUGACAAGUUGAAUCUGGUACAUCAAACUAGAAGAAAAAAAACACACUCACAGAAACUCUUACUCAGCCCACUGGAAGAGACAACCUAGCUAAAUAAAUUAUAACUUAAAUUCCAUUUCAUCCCCAUUUUGAAAAGAAAAGUCAAACAAAAACUAUUCACAACCAAUCAAUCAUCGUUCAUCCCUGUCCUUUUCUGGAAAAUCAAAACUGUUAACUACUAAUAGAUGGAUGCUGUAACUAAACCACAGAAAAUUAAAGUUGAAGGAAAUCUCCUUUGGUGGUGGAUUUUAACUUUGACCUCAAAACUGUCAAAAUUAAAAUCCACACCCAUGAUUUCUCUACCCAGAAACCUACAGUUAGAUUUAGUGUGUAGCGAUGAUUAUGGAGAAAUUCUGACCCACAAAACCAACUGAACAAAAAAAACUAUGUAUGUCGAAGAAAGCAAACAUUUUUGUAAUAUCAUUUGUACGCGGUGUAAUUUUUGUAAAACUUUUCUCCUCUACCCAGUGCGCAUCAACUUGGAACAAAGCGAACAAAAAAAAAAUAGAGUCAGUCAACUCCGUUGAACCCAGCAAACCAUACUGAUUACGUAAAGUGGAACAUCCGAAACAAAAACCGAGCAGCGUAAUUGGGUUUUGUUUCAACCUCUGGGAGAAGUUGAACAAAGCCAAUCCAACCAAAACAUACAAAAACUGGCGCAUAGAAUGGUUAAAAAUUCAACAUAAAUGUAAAGUUGUAAAUACAAAAGUGUGUCAGUAAAAACAGUAAAAAAUCAAAAAACCAAAAAAACCAAUCAGAAAAAAUGUGUCACUUGCAGCGCAAAAUGUUUACCCCCCUUUUUCCUCUCUCCCCCGAAACCAACAAGAGCAGCAGUAAUUGAAAAAAAAGGAAAACCAAACAUCAAAACCGGAACAAAAACAAACUGAGACAAAAGCAAAACAAAAAGAAAACAAUCGCGUGUGUUGAAUGAGAUCUAUUGAAACGUUAAAAGCGGUCACAAAUUACGAAACGCAAAGUGCAACCUGAACAAGAAAAAAAAAAGGAUAAACAUCACACAAAUGAAACGUAGUUUAUACGCAAAAUAAUGUGCACAGAACAAACACAAACACACACACACACACAGAACUCGGUUUAUUAAGAAAUAUAUUUGGAUUAAAAAA